GCAACAGUGUGUUUGCGUCACUGCGCGGCCAUGUGGUUUGUAGGCUGCGCUGUUAGACUGUAACAUCGUCCAAUUUUAUAAUACAGAGAAAUAGAUAAGCAUGGGGAAGCACAGGAAAAUCAAAGCGGUCGAUCCGUUUUACCACGGCCCCAGGAAAGAUCAACUGCAGGGGUGUGUACGCAAAGGGAAGAAGAGUGAUGUGAAGCCCCAUAGUAUGGAUAACCUGGAACACAUCCCCUUCCGGCUCCGUGAGAUCAUGAGGAGCAAGGAGAGAAUGAAGAAACAGCAGAACAAGAAGAUGACGGCUGUUGCCUCCAGCCUCACCCCAACCCCCACUCAUAAGCCAGCCCCCACUCCUAAACCAUCCCCCAAGCCAGCCUCCGAUGCCGUGCAGCUGCAGGCUGACAUCCCUGUGCCGCGGUUUCGGAAGCGCAGGCAGGAGUCAGAGGCUGCCUUCAUGAACCGCAUGGACAGGGAGACGCAGCACGUCAUGUUCCUCACAAAGAACCAGCUGAUCCGUGAACCAGAGAGGGAGCAGCCCCUGGAGAAGGGCAAGUCCGAGAAUAAGAAAGAGUAUGACAGGAGUCGACUGAACAGGUUAUUGAAGAAGAAGGAGGAUAGGAAAGAACUGAGAGAGGAGAAGGAGAAGUUCAUAGACACAGUGAAGUUUGGUGAUGUUGCCAUGGCGCCACCAACACUCACAGUGAAGCCAAGGAAAGCCCAGACCAGGACUGAGGGGAGGAUGAAGGGGCUGCUCCUGACGUCCUUGAUGGGCACACCCGUGGCUGCUGCUACUGGCUCAGUAAAGUCCUCAAUGGCCAGGCAGAGGAUGAUGCUGGAAGAGAGGGAGCGCGUGGUCAAAGCUUACCGGGACCUCAAGAAAAUCAAACAUGAGCGCCUCCUCUCCAACACAGCCAGCCUGAAGCGGCAGCAGAACCUCAAGUGAACCAGCGAUGACCCGGGAACAGCAGCGUUUUUCGUGGAAUUAUAAUAUAUAAUGAGUAUGUUGUUCUAAAAUGUUGAAUUACAUACCCCAGUCUCUUGGAAUGAAGAAGGCAAGCAUAAUUUUUAUUGACUGGAAUAAAAUGGACUGUGAACCAGGU